AUGCGUCCCACCAAGCACCCGAUCGGCGUGUCAAAAGUGAAUCCUCCAGGAGGUCUCAAGAACUGCCAACGCCACAAAAAGCGCCUGACACGGAGCCUCCUCCGCAUGCAAAUCGUCGUUAUUAUUGCCUUCUUGAACAAGAAGAUUAUUACCACUAUUGUCAUGCGUGUUGGUAAGGAAGCCUUAGGGAUGUUCCCGACUAUCCGUGCCUAG